GCCGUUGUCAGGUGGGCUGGCCUGGCUCCUGCUAGAUCAGCGCUGGAGGUGGGAUACUGGUGUGUUUUGUAUAUUCUGGAAAAAACUCUGCUGAAGAUCCUAAAGAAAGGGUAGUUCUUUUACCAACAAACCAGAAGGAAAUAACUUUCCACCUACUUAGGAUUGGAAGUCCAGCUCAUUCGUAGCAUCUUCUGAAACAAAAUUAGAAUGGACGGGGGAGAUGAAUAUUCCCAUAAUUCCUUUGACCUACAUUGUUUGUUAAAUUCAUUUCCUGGAGACUUGGAGUUUAAGCAGAUCUUCAGUGAUAUUGAUGAAAAGAUAGAACAAAAUGCUGCAAGCAUAGAACAUUGCAUUAAAGAAAUACAGUCCGAAGUCAACAAACAAUGUCCAGAUGUGCAGUUGCAGACAACAACUGACUGUUUUGAAUGGUUAAAUAACUAUAAUUAUAAUUCAUCCAAGUCACCUUCUAUUCCCCAUGGAGAUUUGAUAAAAUUUCUCAAAACACUGCAAGAUUUGUUGAAGAAUGAACAAAAUCAAGAAGAAAUGAUACUGGAUUUACUUUGGGACCUCUCCUGUCAGAGCAGCAUUUCAUUUCCAUCAACUUUAAGUUGGACAUCUUUCCACUUCCUCUCUAGGACUUCUCUUCAUUCUGUUGAAGAUCAUUCCUCUAUGGAUGUAAAGUCUAUAUGGGAUGAUAUCAGAUUACAUCUUCGACGCUUCUUAGUGGGCAAAUUACAAAGCCAUAAUGAAAUAAACAAUUUGCAGCAGAAAAUUCUGUUGAAAAAUCAGUGCAUACAACAACUCUUGUUUCUUUAUCCAGAAUCAGAAGUUAUAGUCAAGUAUCAAAAUAUACAGAAUAAACUUCUGCAGAACUGCUUUCCUUCUUAUAGCAGGGAAUCAAAUUUAGACGUAAUGGUUCAUGGAUACCAAAGUACAAUGCUUAGGUUAUACUCAAUGAUAGAAGAGGAUUUUAACACACUGCAUGAAAUUUUAGCUCCAUCCUCAACAGUGAAAUUCAUUAAAGAAACCUACCUGGAUACUGUUACAGAAGAAAUGUCAAAAUUUCUUGCAAAUUUUUGUGAGCUGCAGUUCAAAGAAAGUGCUGCCCGAGUGACUAAAACAAGCAAGAGUUCCAGCAGGCAUAGAGGAGCAGUGCAUGCUUUGGGUUAGUGAUUUUUAAAAUUUCUGUUUGUCUUAACUUAAGGCUUUUGAUAUCUUUAAUUUUCUAACAUUUUUCUAUUUAGUUAAACCUAAUUGAAAACUUGAAAAUAAAUAAGAAAAUAAAUAUUAGGAAAUUUAUUUACACAUUUUUCAUAUGCAUUUCCUUUUCUGUAAGUAUAGUAAUAGAAGUGUUUUCUUUCCUGUUAUUUAAAUUAUUAAAACUAAUGGAAAUGUAAGACAAAAAUAUUGCCAAUAGGAACUUUGGUUUUUUGAUUGCAUAAAUUUUUCAAUGAAACUGUGUGUAU